UAAACUAACAUCCAUGUUACUAUAGUAACGAUAACGCUAUGAAGUUUGUCUGAAUAUAAAAAAUGCAUACAUUUUUAUAACCAAAAUAUAUUGAAAAGUUACUUAUUUAUGCACAAAAAAAUAAGAAAACUAUCAGAUCAAAUAAAUUAAAGGUGUAUAAUUAUGUCUAGUGUGUAGUACAUUUAUCAAUUAUGAGUUUAAUUUUCUCAACCGAAGAAGGAUGGAUAAUAUCUCAUUUAAAAUACCUUAAUAAUAUUUAUACAAAUGUAAAAAAUGACAAUACACAGUGUAAACUAAUUUUUAAUGAAAUAUUAUUUGAUAUAAAUUCUCAGUAUUUACGACAAAAUCAAACAAUUCAAUCAGAACAACAAGAAGGAAUUUCAUUACAAUGUAAAACUAAAAAAAGGAAACGUUUAAAACUUUUACCAGAUGAAGAUUUAAAAGAAAUAAAUUACAUCAAGAAAACAUUUAACAAAAUAAUUUCGAUUGUAAAAACAGAGGGAUUAUUUUCUACUAACGUAUCAUCUGAUAACAAUGAAGCAGCACGCUUGAUUUCACAAAAAUUUUAUCAGGACACAUUUUGCAAUAAAGAGGAAAAUUUUUAUGGUUGCAACGAUAUGGAAGUAGCUGUUACAUCAGAAUUAAAGGAAAAAAGAUAUGUUUUCCCUCAAAAAUGUAAAUUUUAUUGCUAUGAUGUGAGAGAUAUUGCAAAUAAACUGGGCCUAAAUAACCAAUAUGAUUUUAUAUUGUUGGAUCCUCCUUGGUGGAACAAGUCCAUAAGAAGGAAAAAAACCAAAUAUUCACAAGCUAGCUACAAAAUGAUGUAUAAUGAAGAAUUGGCUAAAAUACCAAUUGGCAAAUUAUUAUGUUCAAAUGGGAUUGUGGCAAUAUGGUGUACCAAUGCUCCAAGUCAUCUACAUAGUAUCUUUAAUGAUAUAUUUCCAUCAUGGGGUGUUACAUACAGAGCAAAAUGGUAUUGGGUAAAAAUUACUCAAGGAGGCAAUACAAUAUGUAAUUUCAAUUUUACUCCUGGUAAACAACCUUAUGAAUUGUUAGUUCUGGGAUCUGUAUUACAUGGAAAUGAAAUAAAUAUUCCUAAUGGUAAACUUUUGAUAAGUAUACCAAGUGCUGUACAUUCUCAUAAACCACCACUUACAGAAGUUAUGAAAGAUUAUCUUCCAAAUGAACCAAGAUGUUUAGAAAUAUUUGCUAGAUAUUUACUUCCUAAAUGGACAAGCUGGGGUCUUGAAGUAUUAAAAUUUCAACACUUAUCAUUAUAUACAAUGAUACAAGAAACAAAAGAAACUCAAAACAAUACUAACACAGAUGUAAAUAAGUUAAUUAAUUAGUAUUGAAUUAAAAAAAAAGAAAAUAUUCCAAUAUUGUUGAUUUUA